CGCGCUGCGCGUGACGCGGGUCACGUGACUCCUGUCAACAUCCAACAUGGCUGACGCGGACAGCCAGAGAUGUGUGAGCGCUUUACUGAACGGGAUCACGCAGAAGCUUUACUACGGCAAUACCGAAAUCACGGAGGAGUUUCUGAAGAACGAGCUGUACGCUGAGAUGACGCAGGACGAGUUCCGCGCGCUGCACGACAAGAUGAGGUCGCUGCUGAAGUCCAUGGCUUCAGCAGACAUGGAUCAGGCGCAGCUGGAAGCGUUCCUCACGGCUCAGACGCGCAAGCAGGGCGGCGGCGGCGUGACCCCGGAGCAGGCGGCCGCUCUGGCACGCUUCUGGAAGGCCCACCGGACGCGGGUGCGAGAGAGUCUGCUGGCUCAGAGCCGCUGGGAGCCCGGCCUCCGGGGCCUGAAGUGGAGGGUGGACCUGCACACGUCCUCCAGCGGCGGGCAGGUGUCCAGCAGCCCCGUGGCCCUGGUGGAGCUAGAGCUCGGCGCGCCGGAGAGCUCCGAGCUCGUGUGUUUGGAGUUCGACGAGCAGAAGGUGAAUCUGGUGCUGAAGAAGAUGGCAGAACUUCAGGAGAGCAUCGACAGCGUGGUGCACCGCAGCUAGUGCUCGUCUGCCUCUUCAUAGGUGUGUGUGUGUGUGUGUGUGUGUGUGUGUGUGUGUGUGUGUGUGUGUGAGACUGAGAGAGUGUUUGUUUUAUAUGCCCUAUUGUCAUAAAGUUAUAUUCAUCAUAAAUAACUGUUGUCAAACCUCAAA